CUCAGAGAGAAGAGGCGAGGACAGGUGUAGAAAUACACCACAAAGAGAGGGAGCGAUGGGAAAUGCGCAGGAGAAACCCCCAGGAGGAGGAGGAGCAGCAGGAGGAGCAGGAGGGAGACCGGAUCAGAGCACAGGAGGGAGCGGGAGCAGAAGCCGGGGAGGAGGGGUUAACGUGGGAAAGCCCCACAGUCCGAGAAGUCCAGAGGAGAGGCUGGGCAAUGGCACACAGGAGAACAGCCCCGGAGGUGCACAGGAAGUGCAGCACAGCCCCGCAGUGGACACCAGUUACCUGGACGCCCCUGCCGGAAGUCUGCCUCCUCACCUGGGCCGACUGAAGAAUGAAGGGAACCACCUGUUCAAACACGGACAGUUUGGGGAUGCACUGGACAAGUACAGCCAGGCCAUCGACGGCUGCGCACAGGCAGGCAUUGAUAAUCCAGAAGACCUGUGCAUCCUGUACUCCAACAGAGCUGCCUGUUAUCUGAAAGAUGGAAACAGCACAGACUGCAUACAGGACUGUACCAAGGCUUUGGAGCUGCAGCCCUACUCCUUGAAGCCCCUGUUGCGUAGAGCUAUGGCCUAUGAGUCACUGGAACGUUACCGGAAGGCAUACGUGGAUUACAAGACGGUCCUGCAGAUAGACACCGGGGUGCAGGCGGCUCACGACAGCGUCCACAGGAUCACCAAGCUGUUGAUUGAACAGGACGGGACCCAGUGGAGGGAGAAGCUUCCAGAGAUCCCCGUUGUCCCACUGUCUGUGCAGCAGCAACACCGAGAGAAGCCCGUGAGCAUCGAGCAGGCCAAGGCCCGAGCUGCCAGGGCUGCGCAGGAGGAAGCUAGAAGACAAGAGGCUCACUUCACUUUACUGAAACAAGAAGGCAACGAUCUGGUGAAGAAAGGCCAGUUUCAGGAGGCGCUUGAAAAGUACACCCAGAGUCUGACCAUUAAACCAAAUGAGUGUGCUGUCUUCACAAACAGAGCCAUUUGCUUCCUCAGAUUGAACCGCUUUGCAGAGGCCAAACAGGACUGCGACUCUGCACUGCAACUGGAGCCAAGCAAUAAGAAAGCCUUCUACAGACGAGCCCUGGCUUAUAAAGGCUUAAAGGACUAUCUAUCAGCUAGCAGUGAUCUCCAGGAGGUCCUCCAGCUGGACCCAAACGUCCGCGAGGCUGAGCAGGAGCUGGAGGUGGUGACCAGUCUGUUGAGACAGAGCUUGAUGGACGGCACUGCACAAGCACCGAGGGUCUGAGGAUAGUUUGUGGAGCAACAUGGAGACUCAGAAACAAAUACACUGCAGCAGGUUUAAGGGGAAAAGACUUCUAAAGCCAUCCACUGCAGGAAAAAAGACAGAAAAUACAAACACUGGAUACAAGUGAGGAUUUCUGCAGAGAGAGCUCCUUUGACAACCAGCUUUUCAGCACUGCACCAUCUGUAACGUAUGCAAACCCUUCAAGUUGAACAGUUGAACAGAAAAGGCAGCUUUGUUUCAGAAAAGGGCUGUCAUGGAAUGGUACUCACUGGCCUACACUACAACUCAUUCACAUUAUAAGGAAAUGUGCUGCAUGGGGGGGGGGGGGGGGGUAUGUGUGCCUUAAUGAGAUUUCUACUACAAUUAAGAUGAAAUACACCGAUCUAAUGUCAUUGCUGUCAUACAGAGGCUGUUGUUUGGGCCCAGGUACAGCCUGCAGGUUGUGUUGUAAUCCAGAGGCUCACACAGUUUGAAUCUGUUUUCAUCCAGCUAGUUCUCAUACAUCUGGGAAUGUGUUUACAUGAACUGUCAUGACAGCUGUGUUUAAUCGAUCAUCAUCAACACACAUUUUGUUCCAACAGUUAGACUGCUAGAGGUCAGUGCUGAAGUCAGUGUUAGUCGUCAGAUUCCGUUUCAGUUGAAUAUUCUGCUGCUGAGGUUACGGCUUCAUUAAAUUAGGUCUCAGGUUCGGUCUUGAAUGUAACCAAACUGACUGUGUGUGUGUGUGUGUGUGUGUGUGAGACUGUGUGUUAAGCAGUAAAUUAUUUCAGUGUGACACAGUAGUAUUCAGUUUUUUUCGUAUAUCCAUUCUAACUGAUAUCUGUCCACAAUACCAGUUACAACAGUAACUAGACAUUCAACUGAUGUUCAGUGUCUCAAACUGAAUCCAAGUCCUAAUGAAUGUGGUGUAAAGUCUGACCACCAGUGGCGGCUCGUCAAUAGAGGGCGCUAGGGCGCCGCCCCACCUAUCUCACAUGAAGAGGAAGACGAUAGGAACACAUACAUCUAAUAAUUUUACAAAACCAUGAAUAAAGGAGCUGUACAUGAUCCAGCCUGUGAGUGCUGUGUAUGAUCUGCAUUCACAUGUAGUUUAAAGAUACUUUUGGCUGUUUAGUGAGCAGUCAAGUCACAUGUUUACUGUUUAGGGCACGAAAACCUGCGCCCAAGGCUCUCCCUUUACCAUGACAGACUGUCCUUAUAAAUGACACCUGUGCAGUAGACCCCCCUCCAAUACAAGAGAUAGGAGAGCCUUAAAGACCACCCACAGGAGGAAACAGCACAUCCAAUAAAGAAUCCAGCGCUUCCUCAGAUGUGGAAUCAGCGAACAGGUCUGUAGGUCAUACUCCCAUCAUGUUCACAGGCAGCAGGAGGACUCAGUGGGUAUCACUACUGCCUGGUUCCAGUGGUCAAGUUCACAUCUUUUAGCCCUUAUGUUGAUUUUCUAUGUUUUCAAUGCCAUGCAUUGGCCAUAUUAUCAGUGGAAACAUGCCUGAGUUUAACAGUAGACUGAUGGAAAAAUGCUGAAAUUCAUGCAUAAAAAUCCAUGACUGAAAACACAUACUGUGUAUUUUUUUAUUUUAAUUUAACUUAAUAUUUUGAAACAGUGGUGCAUGUUCUUUGGCGUAUCCUAGUGGUGAUAUGUGGUUAUAGUGCAUCAGAAAACUGACUUGUACAAUACACCCCCCCAAAAACAGUUUCACCAGCCGCCACUGCUGAUCACAAGUACGUUUACUGAUAUGAAUGAGGUGAGCAGAGCGAUGAGCGAUGUGAGGAUCUAAUCCAGUCUGAGAGUCACUGUCUGCCUCAAACUAAUGUGGAGGUCGUCAACCUAAGCCUUACUCACCCACAAAUAUAC